AUGGAUGCAGAUAUAAUUAAAUGGAGCAACAAAGAAGUCAUCGAAUUAUUACAUAAAGAGAAAUUAAGCAGUGUUAUAGUCGACAUAUGUAAAUCUCAGGAUAUCGAUGGAAGAUGUUUACUCUGCUUUGUAGACAGAGAUUUUUAUGAUUAUCCAUUUGAUGAAUUAAAACUCGGCGAUAGGAAAAGGUUUAUUUUGUUAGUAAAAAAGUUGCAGAAAAAUAAUAGAAAUGCUAUGUGCGAGCUGGGUUUGUAUGAUGAUUCCCUACUGAAUCCAGCGACCAAUAUAAAUUUUGUGGGUACAAAUCUUUCGCAUUUAAGUUAUAAUCUUCAUAGCCAAUUACAAAAUGAAUUAUAUGGGAGAACACCUGAUUGUGUAUCCAAUUACACUGAUAUUAAGGCCUCUAAAUUAAAACCUGAAAUCUGGAAAACUGCAAUUGCCUUAGGUUACGUCUUUCUAGUGACCUGGGUGACAGCUGUAGUGAUGGUGAUUGUGCAUGAUAAAGUACCGGAUAUGAAAAAAUAUCCACCUCUUCCUGAUCUCUUCCUCGACAAUGUCCCCCAUAUUCCGUGGGCUUUCGAUAUGUGUGAGAUUACAGGCUCUCUUUUAAUGGCCAUUUGGCUAACAGUACUCUUCUUCCACAAACAUAGGUUUAUAAUUCUAAGGAGAUUUUUUGCGCUAGCGGGCACCGUGUUCUUAUUACGAUGCUUUACAAUGCUUAUAACAUCGCUAUCGGUGCCCGGAUCCCAUUUGAAGUGUGAGCCACGGUUCUACCCGCCCGCAGACGACCUGACCGUCUGGGGGCGAAGGCUCCGGCAGGCCUACGAUAUUUGGAGUGGUGCUGGAAUGUCAGUUCGCGGUGUAAGGACGUGCGGCGACUAUAUGUUUUCAGGGCACACAGUGGCGCUCACUUUGCUCAAUUUCUUUAUUACCGAAUAUACUUCGCGCAGCCUGUACUUGCUGCAUAUCCUGACAUGGGUGAUGAAUAUGUUCGGCAUCUUCUUCAUCCUUGCGGCUCACGAACACUACUCGAUUGAUGUUUUCAUCGCGUUCUAUAUCACCUCCCGUCUCUUUCUGUACUACCAUACGCUCUCGAACAACCAAGCGCUCAUGCAAAGCGACUCUUCAAGAACUCGGAUAUGGUUCCCCCUAUUGUCCUUCUUUGAAUCCGAAGUGGACGGUAUUGUGCCAAACGAGUAUGAGGGACCAAUGACAAUACUCAACAACUUGAGGCAGUGGUUCAUACAGCUGGUGACCGAUGUCAAAACGUCAUCGAUGGCCAAAAUAGCUGGGUCCAAGCUUCAAGAGGGUGCGGCCAUGGGCGAAUACUCGGUAGUCAAACUCGUAGAUGGCAUCAAACGGAAUUUAAGUUUGGUUGAGGAAUUUAAAAAUUCCCGCCAACGCCUCGUCACUCUAGACAAGAACGUGCAGGCCUGUUUGCUUGACGAGCUGCCUGAUACCGAGGCUCGGCAUAGGAAUAUUGGUGAUCUAAGCGAAACGCUUCGUAGAGACUUCAGCAACCCCCCCUCACCGGUGAUGAAGAAGACCAAAUGA